UUUGACAUUCGAGUUUGAUGCAACGACGAGAAAACACUGCAUCGCCAGUCGCCGCAUAAAAUUUUCUUUUGUCAUCGUUUUCACGCGUGAAGUGCAUUAAAUAAAUUAUAUUAGCAGAAAGUUUAUUCUUAAUCCAGAGUGAUUUGCAGAAAAAACAUCAAACACAACCUGUUCCAAACUACUGCGUUCAAUAUGGAAGCCCUCCAGAAGUACCUCGGUCAGAUCAAGGUUCCGUGUGGAAACGACAAUGUCUACAAGGAGGAAUGCAUGUACGGUUUCGACAAUCCGGAAUCUCCGACGGGACUUUACGUAAGUUUGACCAGUUUUCUCGGGUUUGGCGAGGAGUACGCUCGAGUAUAUGCGGAGAAAAGCGGGAACCGGGUGUUUUUGCAUUUGAAGCGCGAUAAGAUCGAAAUUGCCGAGCCGCCGCAAGAAGGACCGGAGAAGAAAAUAACUCGCCUGGCCAUCGGAGUAGAUGGAGGCUUUCCUUCGGAGCAAAAGAAAUACGAAUACAAAGAGCAGUACAAAGUGGUUUUGCUACCGGAAGGAACUAGUUUUGCGUACCCUCAUCAGGACUUGCCCCUUCUGGUUCAGAAUUCUGCCGAAGCGGUGCUGAAUGCGGAAGCGGCGUCGGUAAAACGGGAACGAGAGCAAAUGACUGGAACCUGGGAUGGUGAAGUGCGGCAGGUUUCCCAGCAUGCAAAGAACCUGUUGCAAUUGGACAAUGGACGGAAGAUUCCACCGACCGGGUGGAAAUGCGAACGCUGUGAUUUGACCAGCAAUCUGUGGCUGAACUUGACGGAUGGUGCAAUUCUCUGCGGUCGGAAGUUUUAUGAUGGAACUGGAGGCAACGACCAUGCGUUGAACCACUAUCGAGAAACGAAUUAUCCAUUGGCUGUGAAGCUGGGAACAAUCACGGCCGAAGGAAAGGGUGAUGUUUACAGCUAUCAGGAGGACGACAUGGUAGAAGAUCCCUACCUGGUCAAACAUUUGGUCCAUUGGGGUAUUAACGUGGGUCAACUGGAGAAAACGGAGAAGUCAAUGGUCGAGUUGGAACUGGAUCUCAACCAGAAGAUUGGCGAGUGGGGAAUUCUUUGUGAAAGCGCCAGCAAUUUAAAACCGAUUGCGGGCCCAGGACUAACCGGAAUGAAGAAUUUGGGAAACUCAUGCUAUCUCAAUAGCGUGAUGCAAGUAGUAUUUACUAUUCCGGAUUUCACCCGUCGGUUCGUCGACGGAGCGAAAGAAAUUUUCGAAAGUUUCCCCGCUGAUCCGGCAAAUGACUUCAACGUUCAAAUGGCGAAGCUUGGAGUUGGUCUGUGCAGCGGGAAAUAUAGCUCUCUCACUGAAAACAGUAUGGAUACUGUCGACAAUUCAUCCGGUAUCGCUCCCACCAUGUUUAAAGCGUUAAUCGGUAAAGGCCAUCCUGAUUUUUCAACCAAACAUCAGCAAGAUGCUCAGGAAUUCUUUUUGCAUUUGGUCAAUACGCUCCAGAAGCAUUCCUUAAAUCAGGCGGAUCCAGCUGAUGCCCUAAAGUUCAGUAUCGAAGAUCGGGUCGAAUGUUGCUCUAGCGGAAAAGUGAUGUACAAUCGUCGCGAUGAGUGGUGCCUCCCACUGCAGAUUCCCCUUAAUCUUGCGACCAACAUUGCCGAGGUCAAGAAGUACGAAGAAGACUUAGCCCUAGCCGAGAAAGAAGGGCGCCGUCUGGAGCCAGAAGCCUUAGUCCGUCCAAAAAUUCCCUUGAGCGCCUGCUUGGACACAUUUGCUCAGGCUGAAACGGUGGAACAGUUCUACAGCACCGCUAUUAAUGGAAAGACCACUGCCAAGAAGACCACCAAGUUGGCCACAAUGCCAGACUUCCUAAUGCUGCACUUGAAGAAAUUCACUCUCAGAGAAGAUUGGACUUCCGUGAAGCUGGAUGUGGCCAUUGAUAUCCCAGAAAUUUUAGAUCUCGAAACACUUCGCGGAACUGGUAAGCAGCCCAAUGAAGAGGAACUUCCAGAGCUUGUUGGAAAAGCUCCCUCACCGCCUCCGAUGGAUCCGGAAGUUUUAGAACAGCUCAUGGCGAUGGGAUUUCCAGCGGAGGCAUGCAAGCGGGCCAUUUUCUUCACCAAAAAUUCCGGAGCCAUUGCGGCCACCCAGUGGAUCAUGGAACAUAUCGCUGAUGCUGAUUUCGCUGCACCAUUUGUUCCCCCAGGAACCGAUACCGGAAAGUCAUCUGCAGCUUUUGUGCCGGAUCCGAUGGGGCUUGAAAUGCUGAUGGGCAUGGGUUUCACCGAUUUGCAAGCGACCAAAGCACUCAAAGAAACCCAAAACAACACGGAACGGGCUGUAGAUUGGAUUUUCUCACAUACGGACGAACUUAACGCAAUUGCUAUGGGAGUUGAAGAGACUGAAGCCGCUGCAGAACCGAGCACCUCGAGCGCUGCGCAGUAUCGUGAUGGACCUGGAAAAUACAAAUUGGUUGCAUUUAUUUCUCACAUGGGAAGCUCGUCCCAAGUUGGCCACUACGUGUGCCACAUCCUCAAGGACGGUCAGUGGGUAAUUUUCAAUGACAACAAGGUGGCCAUAUCGCAAAACCCUCCGAAGGAACUCGGCUACCUAUACUUAUACCAACGAGUCUAGAGCCAAGCGAACAAAACAGGUAAUCGAUGGGUAUUGGAACUCUCUUGUUUCUUUAGCUGAUUGUUUGCUCUUCGGAAACGCUGAAAUAAUUUCUAGAGCGCGUUUGAGUUCGACUAAAUAAAAACUGCUGCAUCAUUUAUCGAUUUACAUAACUAGUUGUAAAUUUAGUGCUGACUUAUUCUAUUUUCCUGUAGCACGCCAAGCAGAUAAUAAAAGGAAUCGUACUUUUUCCCAACUUA